UCUUCCUCCAUUAUAAUUCCAAGCUCAGAACUAUUAAAUUAGUUCAUUCCACAGAUUACCAAGCUCAGCAUUUUAAACUGAGCUUGGAUCCAUCUACUUAUUACUGAUUGUCUGCCCGUGUGUCCCCUUGCUGGCUGAACUCCAGACAAUGGAAGCUCUACUCUCUGCAAGAGGUUUCCUUCCUCUUAUUAUUUUAUUUUGUGUGAUUUCCUCACUUAGGGAUGGCAAUGCAGCUAGAUUAAUGGGCAAGGGGCUUAGUGACCAGAAGUUGGACAAUUCUUCUUCAGACAAAAGUACUCCAACAUUCAAUGUGCAAUCAUAUGGUGCUGUGGGCGAUGGAGUUACGGACGAUACAGAGGCAUUUCAAUCCGCAUGGAAGGCUGCAUGUGAAGUGGAAUCUGCAUCUGCAGUGCUUGAGGUUCCUCAAGGAUACUCUUUCAUGAUUCAAUCUCUGAUGUUCUCAGGGCCUUGCAAAUGUGGGCUUACAUUUCAGGUGGAUGGAGUUCUGCUUGCCCCCGAUGGGCCCAAGUCUUGGAAUAAACAGAACAGUGAAAAUCAAUGGCUUAUUUUCUAUAAGCUGCAAGACUUUACUCUUCAAGGACAAGGCAUCAUUGAGGGGAAUGGAGAAAAGUGGUGGGAACUUCCGUGCAAGCCACACAGAGGGCCAAACGGGACAACAUUAAAAGGGCCUUGCCUGAGCCCUACGGCUAUAAGAUUCUUUGACAGUAGCGGUAUAACUCUGAGAGGCUUGACGAUCAGAAACAGCCCACAGUUUCAUUUGAGGUUCGACGGCUGUAAAUCGGUGCUGAUCGACAACAUAGUAAUCAACUCUCCUGCUUUGAGUCCCAACACGGAUGGUAUUCAUGUCUCUGGCACACAGUUUGUAGGGAUAUACAACUCUCUUAUCUCCAAUGGUGAUGACUGCAUAUCGAUUGUUUCUGGUGGUGCCAAUGUAGACAUACAGAAUGUGACAUGUGCACAUAGUCACGGGAUCAGCAUUGGAGGACUGGGAAAUCACGAUUCACAGGCCUGCGUUACCAACAUAAGCGUGAGUGACGUGGUGCUCAGGAACUCAGACAAUGGCCUCCGAAUAAAAACCUGGCAGGGCGGGCAUGGAUCAGUGUCGGGCGUGAGCUUCGACAACGUGUACGUAGACAAUGUCAGAAACCCAAUAAUAAUCGAUCAGUAUUACUGUUUUACCAAAGGAUGCCACAACAAAACAAAUGCAGUGUUCGUGUCCAACGUAGAUUACAGUAACAUCCGUGGAACUUACGACGUAAGAAGCCCUGCCAUGCACUUUGCAUGCAGUGACAGUAUUCCCUGUACGAACAUAACUCUAGCCGAUAUUCAUCUGGUUCCAGCGGAGGGUCAGAUGAUGGCGAGUCCCUUCUGCUGGAAUGCCUAUGGGGCAACCCAAACUCUCAUUGUUCCUCCCCUCACAUGUCUUCUGGAGGGCCAGCCGCAGUCUAUAAUUCAGGGCAGUAGUGAUGCUUGUUCUUAUUGACCACUCUGCCUGCUUUUUUUCCUUCUUUUUCUCUCUCUUUUCCCAUGCUUUUUUACUGUCGCUCAGAUCUGGAUUCCGGCGCCGUUGAGGUAGCACGAGAAUCUUUUUAGUCUUCACGCUCUGUAAAUUUUCAUAAUUUGAAAUAUCUUGGAGUUUGUAUAA